CAUAAAGAGAGAGAGAGAGAGAGACGUCAGUAAUCAGAAUUAACAGCAGCACUGCACAGGAGAAAAGAAGAAAUGUUUGCAGCAGAAUUAAGACACAGGGGAUACUUGAAAAAUAGUGGACAUGAAAUUGAUGGAAUGAGGCUGACCAGAUGGAGGUUCCCCAGUCUCUCCUCCAGACGGAUUGUUCUUCUGGGUCAAACUGGUGUUGGGAAGAGUGCAGCUGGAAACACAAUACUGGGACGGGAAGGGUUCAGAUCUGAGAGGAGAAUGGAUUCAGUAACCCGUGAAUGUUCAGUCGCUCACGCCACUGUUUCAGGCAGAUCAGUGUCUGUAAUUGAUACUCCUGGAUUCUUCGAUUCACAGAUGGAUCCUGGGCAGUUAAAGAAAGCAAUAGCGAGAAUUAUGCAUUUUUCCAGUCCUAGACCACACGUUUUUCUCAUUGUGCUCAGAGUAGAUGACAGAUUCACUGAUCAGGAGAAGCAGUUUCUUCAGAAGAUUGAGAUGGUGUUUGGUCAGGAGGUGUUAAAAUACUCCAUCAUUCUCUUCACUCGUGGAGAUCAUUUGGAAGGAGAGUCUGUAGAGGAGCUCAUUGAGGAGAACAGUAGAUUAAGAGAUCUAGUAGAUCAGUGUGGAGGCAGAUAUCACGUCUUCAACAAUAAAGAUCAGAGUAACAGAGAGCAGGUGAAUGAUCUACUGCAGAAGAUUGACACAAUGAUAGAGCAAAGAAAGGAACAGUACAGAAAAAGACAGUAGAAAGAUGUGUUACACUUUUCAGAUAGAGACAGUGGAAAUUAUGUAUACAUGAGUUGCUUUUAGAAUAUUCCUUUCAUUAUGAAAGGGAUUUUAACGAUCCUUUACUCCCAGCAAAAGUCCCCCUGGGAAAAAGAAAAAAGACAGUAAUGAUGUAUCACAUGCUGAGAUUUUCAACGCCAUCCAGUCCCUGAAUUCCAAGCAAGAUUCGGUUAUUCGAAAGAUUACUCACAUUGAGAGCUCCAUUGAGGUCACAACGGCUGCGGUGAACUCUUUGUCUGACACUAUUAAUCGACUCCUGUCAGAUGUUGCCUCUCACGGUGAAAAGAUCGGUAAGGCCGAAUCGUCGAUACAACGCAUUCAACAGAAAAAUGCUUCUCUUAAGCUCAGAGUGGAAGAUCUAGAAAGGUAUAGCCGCAGAUGGUGUUUGAAACUACUCGGGGUGAAAGAACGUGACGACGAAAACAUUCGAAUGACAGCUAUCAGUCAUCUUGCCAGGGUGGUCCCUCGGAUCAAGGAUAAACUGGAGGAAGCUGUGGAUGUGGUUCACCGUGUAGGCAAACAACGACCGGAUGGUGAUUCGGAUUCGCUUCGUGACAAGGAGACACCGCAACAUCAUAUGGAUGGAAGCCAAGAGUUCCAUUUACCUCAGAGAGAAUGGUCUCCACAUCAAAGAAUUUCUCUCCAAAGCGGACAUUGAAAGUCGGAAUAAACUCUGGCCACUUGUCCAGGCGGCUCGAAAAGAAGGGAAGAAGGCCGGUUUCAGCGGUCCCUUUGCUGUUAUUAACAAUAAGAGAAUCGCUGCCAAUUCAGCACAGUAUCCUUGAAAUGACUUCACUCCAGGUUCGACUUUUUCUGCACGUCUGCCUAGUCUGAAAUGUUGCCAUUAUUUUAAGGGCUUUUGACCACAUUCCAAUGAUUAUUCAAUUCUUCUUGUACAAAACAGCGUUACAGCAGUUCCAAGUUAAGUGUUUAGUGUACUUUGGGAUCACAGUUUUCCUUUUCCUUCCUUUUUUCCUGUAAUUUUUUUGUUCAUUUUUAAUUUACAUAUACUUUAUGGACAAAUUUGAGUUUAAUCAUCUGAAAAUUAUUUCUUUAAAUGUGCGGGGCUUAAGAGACAACACUAAAAGAAAGGCUAUUUCCUGUUUUGUAGACGUUAUAAUGCAGAUUUUUUUUUUUUUUUUACAAGAGAAAUAAUUUUUUACUUCUGAUGCUGACAAAAUUCUGGAAAGCUCAAUGGGGUGAUAGGAUUUAUUUUAGUCAUGGGUCAAAUAAUUCAGCUGGUGUUCUUGUUCUGAUUCAUAAGUUUAAAGGAGAUAUUGUUCAUUCCAAGUCUUCCCCUGAUGGUAGAUGGGUUAUACUAACUGUUAAAUUAGAAAAUGCUAUAUUUAUAAUUUGCAAUAUUUAUGGAUUUAACUCUCAUACUGCAAACAGUUCCUUUUUUGCUAAUAUUUCUGUCAUACUAUGUAACAUGCUGAAAACAACCCCGAAUGCCAAGUUAAUAAUUGCUGGUUACUUUAACGAAGUUCCUGAUGUUUUUAUGGAAAGAUUUCCACAGAAAAUGCAUCCCCACUCUCAAAGUUGUAAUAUCAUUGAAUCCUUAUGUAAAGACUUAUCUUUAGUUGAUUCAUGGCGUUACAUAGCAAUGCAUACGAAUAUACAUGGAGUAAUGUAUUAAAGUCUUUAAAAUCAA